AUGAAUAACACAAAGAAGAGCGAAUUGGUAAAGGAAAACAAGGAUGUAAGCAGCUCCAACACGACGAAAACCCUGUGGGUAGGGGAUCUAGACAAAGUGAAAGACGAAGUGGUAGAUGAGAACUAUAUCUUAUACUGUAUGUUUUACGAAUUUGCUGAAGAUAUAAUAAAAGUAAAAUUAUGCAAGGAGAAAAAUUCGCAAAAAUAUUCCUAUGCAUUUAUAGAAUUCACCAAUUAUGACAUCGCCAAGUACUGCUUUGAUAAUUUAAACGGGAAGUGGAUCCCUGGAAGGAUACACAGGUUUAAAUUGAACUGGGCCAAAUACAAUGUGAGUGAUAAUGUUAAUACGAAUGUGAAGAACCUAGACAUUGAGCUGGAUGAUAAGGGAACAUAUUCUAUAUACGUUGGGGGGUUACCCAAAGGAACAACAAAGGAAGAAGUCGAAACGCUUUUUUCCGGCUUGUACUCCAGUAUCUGCUUUGUUAAAAUGAUAAAAAAUAUGCAGAAAAAUCAAAGUACAAUAUACUGCUUUAUUCAUUUUUUUAAUUACGAUGAAUGUAUUAAAGCAUUGACAGAAAUGGAUGGCUAUGAUUUUAAGGGCUGUAAAAUUAAGGUGAGCACAUCCAAGGGGGUAAAAAUUGGUAAGGGGGGUAUAGAGGGAAACAAUUACUACUACAAAAAUAACAAUUAUCAAAUGCACAUGAAUAGCUUGAAGGGGAUGAACAUGGGGGGCUAUAAUGUGAACCCGUAUGGCGGCAAUUACGCCCAUGGAGGAUACACGCAUGGCAACUACCCGCAGGGCAGUUACAACCAGGCAGGCUACCCACCGGGGAAUUAUAACCAAGCCAACUACAACGCACACAGCAACAGCAGUAAUAACAACAACCUCAACGGAUGGACCAGCGGCAACCCCCCCAACUGUGGCAGCAACAGUAGUAAGGGAACGAACAACCAGGCGAAUGAAGAAGAAAAUAAAAACGUUCCUCCAGCGGGAGUAGCAGCUCCUGCGGUGGUACCCACUGGGGGAGAUCCAAACAAAAACUACUACAUGUACUACCAAAACGUAAACAGCGAAAUGAACAAUCCCUAUAAGGUAAACUACUACGAUCCCCUAAGCUCCAAUGUGACUUCCUACCCUGCGUAUAGCACCACAGCCAACCAUGGGACACCUAGCCUGUCGUAUAAUUCGAACAGCUACGGCAGUGAGAUGAACUACUACACUGGUCCAAUGACCCAAAUGGCACAAAUGAACAACUACGGAAACGAUAUCCAUCAGACGAGUAACUUCCCCGGGAGUAAUGGACAAAUGAGCAAUUACACCUCAGAAUUUAAUUGCGUUACUAAUUAUAAUCUCACCCCAGGGAAGGGGGACGAGCAAAAUCUCCUAAACUACAGAAUGGGGAACGUAAAUUGUGCUACGCCUGUUAAGAAUGAGCAUGCUGAUGAUGGCGUGAAAAACAUUACACAUGAAAAAAAGGAAGGAAAUGGGAACCUAAAAAAUGAAGAUAUGUCUACAGAAGAUAAUAUAAUAAAUCAUAUAACGAAAAAAAACCAAAUGAUGGAAGGGAACCUAAACAGCAUGAACCCCUCCUAUGGGCUAAACUUGUACAACCGCCCCUGCCCAAGCGACCAAUAUAGUAACAAUGGCUUGAACCCAAUGGGUCUUCACAAGAGUAACACAAAUGGCGAAAUUAACUAUAAUGGCAGCAUGGGAAUUUGUCACCCCAACGAUAUUAGUGGAGCGAAUAAUUAUUACUACGAUGGGGACGCGCAGAAUAUCAAAGGAAGGAGCAACAACAACAACAAUAACAACAACAAUAAUAAUAAUAAUAACAGAAACCAUAGCAACACUAACAACAGCACGAACAAUGGAAGUGUAGACAACAACGAGACCAUUGACAAUGAACAGAGUGUUCGCAACAAUGACCUUGUCGAUAACGACCACAGGGAUGGCAUCAAUGGCAAUAACGAUGAGGGUAAUAAGUGA